UGUGCGGUGUAGCUGUAGUUUGAAUUAAAUUCAAUUUUGUCUCCUAGUUUAGUAUUUAUUAAUUUUGCCAUUGAAGAUGGCCUCUAGACAAUGUUCAGUACCUGUUUUUGAUUAAUUUUUUUAGCUUUAAUUUUAUUGAAAAAAACUAUUUUAUUUUCUGAGAUAGGUAAAUAACAAAAAAAAAAGUGUCAAGUUGAACAAAUAUUUUUUGACUCUUUUUUUUAUAUAAAUUACAAAAUUGUGCAAAAUGAUUCUGCCUAAAUCAAUUCGUAUUCAUUUGCCAUCAAUUGUUUAUAACCGCAAAAUUGUAACCAAAUACCGUCCAUGGUUAUCAUUGUUAAGACCAAUCAAGGAGAUUAUUGGUGGUGGAGGUGGUUGUCAUCCUAUUUCUAGUGCUCCAUUUUCAACCGCCGCCGCCACCAGAACGCCAAAUAAACCAUCAACACUGGAAGAUUUCAAGUUGAUUUAUGAGCAAAGCAGACAUACAUUUGAAUCCAAAAAACUACCCAAAAACGUUAACCUCCAAGGAGUAUUCGCUUGUAAUGAAUUAGACUUGAAAGAAGUUGAUGUUUAUGGUUUUGAUUACGAUUACACGUUGGCUUGUUACAAAUCAUGUUUGCAUGAUUUGCUCUACAAUCUAGGACGUGAUAUGCUGAUCAAAAAGUUUAAGUAUCCUGAAGAAAUUUCACAACUUGAAUAUAAACCUGGAUUUGCAGUACGUGGUCUUCAUUAUGACAUUGAAAAGGGUCUUCUUUUAAAAUUAGAUUCAUUUCUACAAAUUCAAUUGGGUUCAGUCUAUCGGGGUUUGACAAAAAUUCCCGAUUCAGAAGUUUUGAAAAUCUACAAAAACCGAAUAAUACCAAUUGCUUAUGUUGAAGGACACUCCAAAAGCUAUCAGCCGGAUGCUAAAGCUAAAAUGGUGCAGCUAGCGGAUUUGUUCUCCGUUCCAGAAAUGUGUUUACUCUGCAAUGUUGCCGAAUAUUUUGAAAAAAAUCACAUUGAUUACCAUCCGGAGAUAUUAUUUCAUGACGUUAAGAGUUCUGUGCAACGUUGUCAUCCAAUUAUGCAUGGAAUUGUUUUAAAAGACGCUAAAAAUUUCAUUGAGAAAAAUCCAUUACUGCCCGGAUUUUUUGAUCGAUUAAUCAAAGCUGAAAAGAAAUUGUUUCUAGUCACUAACAGCCCAUUUCCUUUUGUAAAUCGAGGUAUGACUUUACUGGCAGGAUCGAAUUGGAGGAACUAUUUCGAUGUUAUAAUAGUUCAAGCUCGAAAACCUAAAUUUUUCACCGAUGAAUCUCGACCAAUUAGAUUAUAUGAUGAAUCGUCAAACACACAUGUCUGGGAUAGAGUCUCUAAGCUUGAACGAGGCAAAAUUUACUAUGAGGGUACAGUUAAACAAUUACAAGAAUUGACAGGAUGGCAUGGGCAUUCGGUGUUGUAUUUUGGUGAUCAUCCAUACAGUGAUUUGGCAGACGUAACAUUGGAACAUGGCUGGAGAACUGGUGCCAUAAUCAGUGAAUUGACUCAUGAAAUCAACACUUUGAACAACGAAGAGUUCAAGAAAAACGCCAACUGGUUGCAAAUGCUAACCCAAUUGAUUGAAGAUCAUCAAGAUAACGAAUGCGAAGCAGCUCAAAUAAGUUUAAAAAACUGGAUGAACGAAAGGGAUGUAUUGAGAAACGAGACGAAGAAAGUAUUUAAUACGCAAUUCGGAAGUGUGUUCCGCACAUAUCAUAAUCCUACAUAUUUCUCAAGACGUUUAUUCCGAUUUGCUGAUAUUUAUACGAGUGAUAUUACAAAUUUGCUCAAUUAUUCUGUAUCACAUACAUUUUAUCCUAGAAGAGGAGUUAUGCCACAUGAAUAUAUAUCAUAUUUUAUGUAAAUUUAAGAAUUAUAAUAGUUAACUAACUAUUCGAAUUGAAUCUGAAGUCAAUAUUUUUUUUUAAGUCCCACCUUUUUAUUUUAUUUAAAAAAAAAAAUCAUUAAUUCGAGUGGCGAUUAUUCUGAAUUUUCUGAAUUCUUUAAAAAGUAGAAGUCCGUGCAUAAUUAAAUUGAAUUAAUGUAAAAUCGAUGUUACAUGUACAUACUGAUUAAUAAAUUUUUAAAUAGGUUUUUGAAUUGUGUAGAUACAUUUUUGGGGGAGAGAGAACUCAAACAUAGCUGAAUUGAGCGCCACUCUGAAUGGCAGACUGUAAUGAAUAAUUUAUAACACUUAGUCAUAGUGUGAAAUAGGUGGCUUUGUGAUUUUAGUUUACUAUAAAUUUGUGACAACAUUUUAAGGUGCUCACAUAAGUCUAUAAAUCCAUAGACUUUGAAAUUGUUUUUGGUCCUUAUUGCGAGUGUCGUUCAACUUUCGAUGCUACAAAAUCGAUGAAUAUCUGUUGUGCGAUUGUAUUUCUUUGGACAAAGAUAUUUGCUAUUGUGAAUUAUGAACUUGAUUUGAGUCGGUAGCAAAAUAAUUGUAUACGAAAAAGAUCAAACGAUAAAACAAAAAAUAUAUUUCACAACAGGGAUUCACAAUAUCAUGAUCGACUAUAAACAAAAGUCGUCUAUAGAUAGACAGACGACACUCUCAAUAAGGGCCUUUAUUAGUUGCUUUUGUUUUUGGAAUUUAGAAUGUUUUUUUUUUUGUUUUAGUAAUUCAAUGAACACAAAACAAGAUUUGAAAAAAAAAAAAUGAAUAUGAAAUUUUAAAACUCGGCAUAGCCUUGGGCACCUCUAAAAGUUGGACGAAACUUAUAAAACUAUAACACAUAGUCGAUUUUAAAAGCACUACUCAAUAUUUGCUUUAUUUAUUUUAAUGAAUAUUAAAAACAUGCAAGGAAGAGAAUAAAAGUAUGUUACCAUUUGGGCAUCCAAGUGUCUUUUGCAAUAAAAUUGUUCAACAAAAUUUUGUAAAUAGAGUUGAAAUGUACGUGUGAUAGUAAAAGUAUAGAAAAUAUGGAUAUUUAUUAUAUACUCAAAUUAAUGUAAUCUAUUUUAUUUUAAUAAUUAAUAAAAAAAAAACAUGAACGCAUA